AAAGAAGAAAAAAUGAAAACAAGACAAAGGCAAAGAAAAAAUACGCAAGAAGAAAAGAGAAAGGGGGAAAAGAAAAAAGAAAAGUCGAAAGCAAAUAUAUAAUGGAAAGAAAACUUAAAAAAAAACCCAAAACUUUUUCAAAAGGAGAAGACAAAGGAAAUAAGAAAAAAACAGAAGUAAAAAGGAAGCAACUGGUGGACUGGUGAUUUCCUCCUGCCUGUCACUAGAAUACAAGCGCGAUGCCCUGAGCCAUCCAUCAGCACCUGCCCUCGGAGCAGCCCCGCUCCGGCCCCGAACAUUCCCGGGGGAGCGGCGGGGCCGGGCGGAGCGCAUGGACCGGCAGCACCGCACGGAACCCCCCGCGCUGCCCCGCCCAGCUGCAGCCGAGCUGGGAGGGCUCUGGAAAUCGGGAAUUGUCACUGGAACUGAUGAAGACAGAGGGGAAACAAGAGGCACCAAAAUGCCAUUUCCACGGAUCAUGCCCUCAGCACUUUGGCUGGUGCUGCACCUCACAGCAGGACCCUGCAGGAGGGGGGCAGUGAGUGCCAGCAGAGCCGCCCGUGGCGCCACUGCGGUCUGUGACAAGGGGACCAUGAGAGCCAGCCCCUGCUGUGCCAUCCCUGGUGGCACCAACGUCACCCUGUCCUGCCAGCUGGCAGCCCCACGGGGCUGGUGCUGGGCAGCGAUUUUCCUCAACAGCUCCGAGCAAAUCCGAGCCCAGGGGGGCUCAGUGAGCAAAACCUUCCUGGUCACUGCCCUCGGCAGGCACUACUUCACCUGCAAGCACAUCUGUGGGGACAGGACAAGACUCAUCUGUGGAAUCGACAUCCAGUGUGGGAAUCCUCCAGAUGAACCCAGGAACGUGUCCUGUAUCCAGAAGGGGACACGGGGACAUCCCACCUGCACCUGGCACAAGGGCAGGCUCACCUAUCUCCACACUACCUACGGCAUAGAGCUCUCCAACGGGACCCAUGCCUUUUCCUUUCCAGAGGAAACUCCCAGUCAGGUGUUUGGCUCUGGGGCUCUGAGCAAGCUGGAUUUUGACUCCAAUUACACCGUGGUGGUUUCUGCCUCCAAUCAAUUAGGAAAUGCCUCUUCCCAGCCAUUCACCUUCAUGCUGAUAGACAUAGUGAAGCCACACCCUCCUGACUUUUGGGUGGAAUUUGAUGAUUCCUCAGCCACCGGCUGCUCCAUUGUGUGGCACCACGAGGCCCAGGCACGGCACUGCAGGCUGAGGUACCGUCCCCUCGGCAGGCACAGCUGGAGCACGGUCGAGAGCUUCAGCAGGGAGAAAUAUCAUCUGCAGGGGCUGGAGCCCGACACAGCCCACGAGUUCCAGGUGAGCUGCAGGCUGCUGCCGGGCCGGGGGCUGUGGAGUGACUGGAGCAGCAGCCAGGGCAGCACCCCAGCAGCAGUGCCAACAGGGACCCUGGAUGUCUGGUACCGGCAGCAGGAGCUGGACUCGGGGCACCAGAACCUCUCCCUUUUCUGGAAGGCUCUGAGCAGGUCGGAGGCAGGAGGGAGAAUCCUGGGCUACACCGUGACCUUGGAGUCCCUGGAGCAGGAGAAGCUCCCGGCGCAAUCCCACCGCACCACCCAGACCAGCUUCUCCAGGGUCACCCCCAGGGCGGGCCACAGGGUGACAGUGACGGCGCACAGCCCGCGGGGCAGCUCGGCCCCCGCGGCCGUGCUGACACACCUGGGCAGCCCAGAUCUGCCCCCUCCCCAGCGGGUCUGUGCCGUGGGCCUGGGGAACAGCAGCAUCCUGGUGAGCUGGAGCCCCCCUGCUGGAGCUGCCCUGCCCGUCGGGGGGUACCUGGUGGAGUGGGCAGAGCCCUGGAGGGAGCCACGCCUGCAGCCCUGGCACAGCUGGGUCAAGCUGCCCCCGUCCCACCUGUCCACUGUGAUAGCAGAGCACAUCAGAGAUAACGUCUGCUAUCAGAUCAACGUGUCUGCACUUUACCAGGACAGAGCUGGGCAGGCAGCAUCAGUCAGGGGAAACUCCACAGCUCAAGCCCCAUCAGCUGGGCCCCAGAUGUUCACAACCCCCUGGGCCAGCGGUGUCCUGGUUUCCUGGGAGGAGAUCCCAGCCCCCCAGCAGAGAGGCUGCAUCACUGGGUACCACAUCUACCUGCACAGGAAGGAUGGGCAGGGCCAGCCCGAGGUCCAUGCCGUUCCCGCCGGGAAGGCUCCUCGCUCCCUGCACCUCCCUCACCUGGAGCCCGGCGAGCACUACGAGCUCUGGAUGACAGCGGAGACCGCGGCCGGGGAGGGGCCCCGGGGCAACAGCGACAGCUUCUGCCUGGAGAGUGCUGGGGGCUGGGUGACUCUGGUGCUCGUCGGCAGCUUCUUCAUCCUCUCAGCCUGCCUUUGUUCUGUGCCUCCAGCAAGGAGAGUGUUCAAGGGGCUCCUCUCCCUCCUCCUGCCACAGUGGCAGAGCAAAGCCAUUCCCGACCCUGCCAACGCCACGUGGGCCAAGAGCUUAGCGGCUGCCAAGGCGGAGCUGAGCGCUCCCUCCAGCCCCUUCCUGCCCGGUGCCUUCGAGGAGCCCGAAACGAGCCCGGUGGAGGAAAGCCCGGCUCACCCCGAACCCCCCAAGCCCCUCAAGGUGGGCAGCGCUGACAGCAGGGGGCACGGCGACUGGGCAGGGGAGAGCUCGGCGGAGGAGCAGCAGCUCCCGGAUCUGUACCAGAGGCUGGUGGUGGAGGCGAUGGAGCCCCCGGAGCCCGUGGCCGAGUACAUCUCCAACCCCGGCACCCCGGCCCCGGAGCCGGCCCCCGAGCCCGAGCCCAGCCCGCUCUCCGUCUUCCCAACCGCGUUCCUGCCUCCCGCCCUCUGCUGCCAAGGGAAUCUGACUCUGGAUCGAGUGAAACUCAGCGGCAGCUCCUUCCCGAGGUAGGCAGGGGGCGAUGUGAGCCCAGCAAGAGAUUUGGCACUUUACCGAGUAUUUCGAUGGGAGUCCGGCAGGAAUUUUGGCACUUUACAAAGCAUUUCGGUGUGUUUUGAUGUGAGCUCAGCCUGGAUCUUGGCACUUUACAGAGUAUUUUGGUGUUCCAAUGUGAGCUCAGCCUGGAUUUUGGCACUUUACAGAGUAUUUCGGCAUGUUUUGAUGUAAGCCCAGCCUGGAUUUAGCAUUUAUGAAAUAUUUCAGUCUUUCAGCAAAACCAGUCCAGUCCCUCACAUGUGACACCUCCGAGUGACAAAACCCUUCCCUAGUCACACCUCACCUUAGGACAUGGCUGUUCCUCUGCAGAGGCACAGCUGGGGAUGCCAGAGCUGGAUUCUGGGAAUUUUGGGAGCCCUUCCUGCAGCCUGGGCUGCCUCAAGCCCUGUCCCACUGCCCAGCCCAGGAUCAGAGCUGGAAAUCACCAUUUCCACCAGAAGGAGCAAGGAACUGCAAAAGGGAAGGAUGGAACAGCUCAGCACCUCUUGUUCCCCUCCUGGCACCAAGUCACAGAGUCCCCAGUGUCACCAGACCCACAGAGGACACAGCACCAGAGCCAGGGCCCCUUCCUUGCCUCAGUUCAGGGCAGGAAAAUUCCUCACCAGAACUAGAAGCAGCAUCUGUACUCAGUCAAAUGGAUUGUCAAGAGGAAUUUAAGUGAUUUAUUGGAGUGUUCUAAUUACAGGCUGCAAGGGUGUUACACAUUUAAUGACUUUGUUUACCAGAUGUGUGUAUAUAAAUAAAAUGUUGGAAAUCUGAACUUGGCUUCCUGUUGUUUUCUCUGGUCAAGCUCCAGCUUUACACAGAACAAUUAAAAAUUAAAAAUAAAGCUGAAACGUUGCAAUUAGAGAUGGAGCAGUCCAGGUAUGAACUUACCUGGAGCAUCCUCUGCAUCCCCAAGCAGGGACAGAUUUGGGUAUUGCCAAACACCAGCUCAGCCACUGCACUUUGGGCUUCUGAGCUCUGGUCCCACCUGUGUCACCUGGCUGGGUGACAUCAAAGGAAAACAUCUCCCUCAGAACUGGGUCAGACAUCCAAAAAACCAGAACCUGCUGCCUGCUCUCCACACCCUGCCUGGGAACCACCCUGGUAAGAGGAUUCUGCCUGAGCACCACAACUCAGCCCCUCCAGUCAGCUCUGCUAACCCAACUGAGCUAGAAAGGCAAAUCAGAUGCCAAAAAAGGUUUUUUUAAAUAAAGCACUAUUUUGCCAUUCAUCUUUUUCUGCAUGCUGAUUUUCUACCUCAGCAUAAGGACAAGAGAACAUUGGAAAUAAUUUCCUCCUCACUCUGCAAAUGUCCAACUUUAUCAAAAUAUGGGAUUCAUGUCCAGCCUCACUCCAAGAGACAAGGACCAGAGUUCUGUAACUCCAGCCUGGAAAUCUUCCAGUGCUGUCCCUGAGCAUCCCAGGAGGUCCUUUUCCCCUCAGGACAGCCUUUCCAGCAGGAAUACCAGGUUUGGCUGUCCUGGGGACACCCCAUCCCUGCAGGCAGUUACAGGUGGGGGUGGGCUCAGCUCCUCCAACUGCUGCCACCACACAUUCCCACUGAUUCCUGACAUUCCAGCAGAAUCCAUGUCCUUUCCCACACAGCUAACUCUCAGAACAGACCAAUCAUUGCCCCCUGCUCCCUCCCACCAUUCCAGCUCUGAGAUCAACUCCCCUACUCAAACCUUGCCCUUGCUUAUUCCAAAACCAAUCUGCUCCACGCCUCAAACUUCCUCUGCUCUCUCUUCCAAAGGAUCAGAAUUUAAAAGUUGCAGUCCCCUAGAUGUGGUGUGACAACAGGAGCAAGCAAGAGGACAGAAAAUGUGACUAAAAGCAAGUUCAUUAAUCAUUAAUAACCUACUUGGGAGAUGCUUUUCCAAGGCAAAAUCCAUCCUGGGAAUGGGAAUGCAAGCUGGACUUCCUGGGACAGACCCUAGAUGAGCCACUGUGAAUCUCAGUGGUUUCAUUUCCACGUGGUUUGCAGGACAUUGUUUUUAAAAGAGCAUGAAAAUAAACCUUUAUUUCAGUUAACACCCACCAAUAUUAAAGAGAAAUGUUCACAGUUUUAGUUCUUGACACAAAUGGACUGAAAGAGGUGAAUUUACAUCUGGCAGAACAGCAGAAGGACCAAUUUUAAGUUACAAGCUGUGUUGAAAAUCACUCUAGGUGCCAUUUGGGAAUGCUUUAGAGCAGGAAAAGGGAAAUUCCAGCCAGCAAAAUCACCUGGGUGGCAACUGGAACAGCAGUUUGGAUCAAGGAAGAGCUGUGUUCCAGGGAAAGCUUUGCUCCAUGUGUUUGGGUGUUAUCCAGGCUGUCCCCAAGGCUGGAAGUGCAGCACAUCCCAGCAGACAAUGGGAGAGGAACAAGGAACAGCUCUGCCCCUUCAACAGCCCCACACUGAGAGCAGAGUCAGGAGAGGAGAACCAAGGGAUUUUCCCACCCUCUGAUGGAAAAUCAGCCUCCUUCUCCUGCCUGGGGCUGGAAAUCCAGGUGAGGGAACUGAUCCAUGGUACUCACAGUGGGUCACAACAGGAGCUCUCGUGGAAAACAGCUCAGGAAAAGCAAAGGCAGCUGCUAACACCCCAGCUGAGCAGGCUGGUAUUCCAUAUUCCAAGGUCUCCAACACUUCCUGCCUGUCCUUCCUGCACAGUUUUUACAAAAAUAGGGUGUUACCUUUAGUUCUCUACUACCUACAAAACUACCAACAUGCUCUAAGCUGCCCUAAGAGGAAAAUAUGAAAGAAGAGAUUUGUUUUAAUUCUAACAGAUGCUGAUAAAACCCCUACUAAGUCCUCUAUUAGCCAUUCACUCAACUCUUUUUGUGUAUUGAAGGGAUACACAGGGAAGAAAGUGAACCUAUGGUGGAUUUUGGAGGGGAGGAGGAGUUUCUCACAAUAACUCUCUAGAAAAACAUUCCUUGGUGAUGUCCCAAGCAAAUCCUGAGCACUGCACUGAGCCAGAGCUGCAUUUGGAUGGAGAGGUGAAGUGUUGAGGUUUUGGGGAGGAUUUUUGGUGUCCCAAGCACAGAUUGCCAUUGUCCCAGUCCAAAGUCCUGAGCCACAACUCCCUCCUGAGCCAGCCCAGCUCCUUCCUGAGAACACCUGGAGCAGUGCUGGGAAUGCCUCAGGUACUGCUGCACCUGGGUGGCAAUCCCACAUCCCACCUGGGAUCCACAUGGGCUUCCAGAGCCACAGCUGCCACCCUCCCCCACUCCCAGAUCCAACAAUUCCCCCAGUCUCAAGGAAUCCCAGCUCCAAGGACAGGAAUUCCCUCUAUUUCAGGGUAUCCCAUCUCCAGGGACAAGAUUCUCAUGGAAUCCCAGCUCCAAGGACAGGAAUUCCCUCUAUUUCAGGGUAUCCCAUCUCCAACAGGAACUCCCCCAAUCUCAGGGUAUCCUCUCAAAAAAAAAAAAAAAAAAAGCAAAGGUAAUUAAAAAACUCUUUUUUUUUUUUUUUUGCCAAAAAAGCAUCUUGUUCUGUUGAAAGGAAGGAAGAGGAAAUAAAGGUCCAGAGGGGGAGUGCAAGGUGGGAUACAGGAAUUUUAAAAACCUGGUUUCCAGACCAGUUACCCAUUGCUGGAUCCAUACACAGGUAUUGAAUCAUAAACCAAUGUGCUUUGACUCUUGAUUUCAAGUAUCUGCUUUCAACUUUCUAGAAAGAUUUUGUGUAAACAAACUACCCAACAGAGAUGAAGAAAUGACUGGUUUUCCAUGUUGGAAGUGAAGCAUUAAAAAUUUAGUACUCCAGGAGUUCGUUCCACACAGCACUAACAGUCUGCCCAAUUAAUAUUCCACAGAUUCCAUGGGCUGAGAAAAAUCUGCCAAAGAGGAAUUAAGGAAACUGAAGUAGUGUGCAAUAAUUAAAACCUAGUUUGGAGUUUGGUGGUGGGGGGAAGAGGGAAAGUCUAAAAUCCUGACUUUAAAUUAAAAAAAAAAAAAAAUGAACACAAAUGAAGGGAAAGCUUUGAACUGGUACACACUGUUCACACCUAUAUUUCAAGUUUGGAAACGCAUAUUUUCAAGCAGCAAUACAAAAAAGUAUCCAUGAAGAAUGCAUAAUCUCUGAAAAAAUUAUGAAAACAUCCCUGCUACCAUUACAUUUCUAAAUACAAAACUUGACUACCAUAUUGUUGCUUCUGUGUAGCGAGAGAAGUUCAUUUUCAAAACAGAUAAAAUUCAGUCUUUAGGUGUGAAUGGUAUGAAUGACAGUCUCUUUUUUUUUUUUUUUUGUUUUGUUU